CAUUUUAUUACCUAUAAGCUCAUUAUUCUAGUUGGUGAUCUUGUAUUUCAAAUUAAAGCAUUUGGAGGAUUGCCCGAAUAAUACGAUCUCAUGAACAGCCAUCACUCGACCAUACCCUGAAGAUUCGUCUCAUCAAACUAUAAAGCUCCCCUCCGUAACAUUGAUCUAGUCCGUUUACCGAAACACACCGGAUUUCAUUACAUAUACGUAUUCGCCCAUAUUAUUCUGGUCUCAUGCUGAAUAUCUUAAAAACUUUAGUUUUGCAAUUUUCCACUACUCACCCGGUCGUUUUCUGGGAAUAUGCUUCUUACUGAUGACUCAUUUACGAUCCUUCACUUGCUGCGUCCCCGAACUGAUAAAAAUCAGAAUAUUCGAUUUGCAGCCCACGAGAAGUAUCCUAUAACUUCCUGUCGUCAGAUCCUGGAAUGUUUUCGCGAAUUAAAAGACCAAAAAUCUUUAAAGGAUAUUGAGAAUUUCCUCACUCCAUUAUUCCAAUCAUCUAAGGGACCUUGGACUUCCAAUACAAAAUCAUGUGACGACCCUUCCAUAAACAAAAGGUUAUCUUUGGAAUUACCUUAUGGCAGCGUCAUCAUAGAACACUGCAUGCGUAUAGCCGAAAACAAAGUCAAACAGAUGAAGCAUCAUAAAGAAGAUUUCCAGCUACAAUCCGAAAAAGAGGACUUGAUGGAGUUGUAUGUCAAACACUUCGCUGUGGCUUUGAGAGAUAUUUUACUAGAACCAUUCUUAUGUAACCGUCAAACGACUCCACAUGGUUAUAUAUUUGGGAAAUCCUAUCAAUCUUCGGACGAAGGUUUGCGAACUUAUGAAGAAUUUCACCCAUUCAUAUUCGAACAAUAUCGAGAUAAACCUCACUUAGUAUUUGAUAGUUUCAAUAAGGCAGUGGACGCAUACUUUUCAAAAAUUGAAAGUCAGAAAACAUUAGAACAAAUUUCACGAAAUGAACAAAAGGCUAGUAGAAAAGUUGAAAAUAUUAAAAAAGAUCAGGAACGGCGUUUAAUGUUACUAAAAACUGAACAAGAGUUAGAUAUGCAAAAGGCUUACCUGCUUGAAGCUAAUCGUCGGCUUGUUGACAAUAUUAUUAUCAUGAUCAAUCAUGCAUUAUCAAAUCAAAUAGACUGGAAAGAAUUAGCAUUAAUCGUUGAAGACGCAAAACAACGUGAUGAUCCACUUGCCUGUCAUAUUGUCGAGUUAAAAUUACAAACAAGUCAGGCUGUCAUACGUUUAAAAGAUCCUUUUGAAAGUUCAAGCGAUGUUAACGAAACCUUAAUGAAAUCAGGCAAGAAACAUGAAUAUACAGAAGUAGUUGUAGAUAUAGACGUCAAUGCUCUAACCAAUGCACAAAAAUAUUAUGAUAAGAAACGAGCUGCUAGUAAAAAAGAAGAAAAAACUAUCAGCGUUUCGCGCAAAGUUUUGAAAUCAGCCGUACACAAUGCUGAAAUGAAAAUGAAAACCGCUAAAACUGUUGCACAAAUUACAGAAGUUCGUAAACCAAUGUGGUUUGAAAAAUUCUUCUGGUUUAUCAGUUCAGAAAAUUAUUUGGUUGUUGCUGGUCAUGAUUCACAACAAAAUGAAGUAUUGGUAAAACGUUACUUAAAACCGGGCGAUAUAUUUGUUCAUGCAGAUAUACAUGGUGCUAGCACUGUUAUAAUAAAGGCCCGACAUUUAACAUCUGAAGAGGUAGAUUCUUCAAAACAUCAGGACUUAUUGCAUCAACACAGUUUACCAUUACCCCCUCCAAAAACCUUGUUAGAAGCUGGAAAUAUGGCGGUAGUACUAAGUUCUGCAUGGCAAAGUCAUGUUCUAACAAGAGCUUGGUGGGUCCAUCAUGAUCAAGUUUCAAAAACAGCUCCAAGUGGUGAAUACCUUACAUCUGGUGCAUUUAUGAUACGUGGGAAGAAAAACUAUUUACCUCCAUGUCCCUUCGACUAUGGAUUUGGAAUUAUGUUUAAGUUACAUGAGGACUCUAUAGCUAAACAUGAAGGAGAGCGUCGCAUCAUCAUCAUAGACACCCCGUCUUACGAAAUGCCCCUUAAUCAGUUCGAAUCAUUAACUAUCCAGAAUGAUGAAGAAACUACAGCAUUUCCUGAUGCUUUUCUUCAACUUGAUUUAGCAAAUGAUCUCCCAAGACAUAAAGAUCCUGAUGUAUCGGAGAUUUUAUCAGAAAAUCCUUUUAAAAAAGUUAGGACAAGAGGUCAAAAGGUUGAAAAAUCGAAACCAACCAAGAAAACAACAAAUUUAAAUAAAGAAACCAUUGAAGUAAACAAGAGACUCAAUGAGUCAUUACUACCAUCAACUGGUCAACCGGUUUUAAAACGUGGUCAGAAAGCUAAGCUAAAAAAAAUUAAACAAAAAUAUAACGAACAAGAUGACGAGGAAAGAAAUCUUCGUAUGAAAAUACUUCAGGGAGAUGACGCCAAACCAAGUCAGUAUCACCAAAUUCUUGAACGUGAUCACUUGUCAAAUUUAAUUAAAAUCCCACAAUCUGUACGGGAUACUCAAGUUGUUCACAAUUCAGAUAGUAUACAAAAUAAUCAACCUGACUGUGAUAACAAUGAAUCAUUCAGUAAUUCAAGCAGUGAAAUUGACAAUCAUCCUGUCAAAUCAGAUGAAAGUGAAGAGGAUUUAAAAUCUUUAGAAGUUAAUGAUGUAAAAACUAAUGAUAAUGAUGAUGACGAAGAUAUGCCAGUUGAAUCGAAAGAUGAUUUAACUUCAUUGUUAAAUUCAUUGACUGGUCAGCCCAAUGAUGAUGAUUUACUAUUGUAUGCUAUUCCAGUCUGUGCUCCUUAUUCAGUUCUAUUAAAGUAUAAGUUCAGAGUAAAACUGAACCCAGGAACUACAAAGCGAGGAAAAGCAUCGAAAAUGGCGUUGUUUCAGUUUACAUCGGACAAAUCCACAAACAACAGAGAACGAGAAUUAAUACGUGCAAUGAAAGAUGAAGAAGUAUCGCGUAAUUUCCCAGGAUGUGUUAAGUUAACGUUACCUCGAGGAGAUGACGCCAAACCAAGUCAGUAUCACCAAAUUCUUGAACGUGAUCAUUUGUCAAAUUUAAUUAAAAUCCCACAAUCUGUACGGGAUACUCAAGUUGUUCACAAUUCAGAUAGUAUACAAAAUAAUCAACCUGACUGUGAUAACAAUGAAUCAUUCAGUAAUUCAAGCAGUGAAAUUGACAAUCAUCCUGUCAAAUCAGAUGAAAGUGAAGAGGAUUUAAAAUCAUUAGAAGUUAGUUAUCUGCUACGGGAUGCGGCAUAUUCAAAGACGACUAAUUACAUGGUACCCGAGUUUAAACAACGUUCUUACUUCGAAAUUAAAGCUCAAUUGGAUGCUUAUCGUCUAGCAAAUCCAGUAACUCCAGAGUUAAAACCUCCAACCAUUAAUGUACUUCAAGAACCUGCCAACAGUUCUGUGGUAAAAGAAUCAUCUACAAAAUUAGCUAGAAUUACUGCCAUCUGGAAUUUAUGCCAUAAAAAUUGA